AUGCAGUUUGCGAUAACGCCUACCCGCCACCAACAGCGCCGCUAUGGCGUCCGUCCAAACCGAACGGCCAAAGUCAUCCUCCUCGCCACCGAUCCUAAGGAUUCUCAACGACGGGCUAAGUCGGUUCGUGAGCGCAAGGCCCCACCCAAAGUAACCACCGCUGCACACCGCCACAGCUUUUCCCAAGACAACUGGGGAAGUUCAGCAGCAUGCAUCGCCUAUAAGUCGCAACCAUCUCCGUCGAAGAAGGACACGCAUGUGCCUCCUCCUCAUCACGGCCGCUCGUCUCUCGCGGCUGCACAGGAGGCAACGGCAUCUCGACCUAGAUCCCUCUCAUCACCCCUCGUGAAACAGCGAAGUCACGGCCUAGCCAAUUCAGGUUCUACGCAGCGAUGGUCGUUCGCCCCCGAACUUUCCCCCUCUGCGGAAUACGGUUCGGUUCCGACCACCUUGUUGGAUCGUAGCAUGUAUACGUCGCACCCGCCCGUCGGCAUCGAGGUCGAAGAGAGAAGAAGGGCAGAUGAGCUGCAUUCUUCAGCCGUCGCACUUGCUAGGCAGGUGUUUUUGAAGCAGCAAAAAUUGACUGAACAACAUAUGCGCGAGAUGGAGGAGGACGACGACGACGAUAUGACGAGUGGUGGUGAGCCCGCCCACUCGGAGCCUGUCAAUCUUCACGAGGCGGCGUAUAAGUUGGCGCAGGAGCGACUAGCGAAAUUGGAGCAAGAGUUUCAAAAGAACCGCGAAUUCCGCGAACGCUACAACCCCAACCAGUCACCCACCCCACCUCGCCGCCGGACGCACAAGGCGUUUAGAUUACGCAACAGAUCCUCGAGCGAUAGCGAUCUUCAAUCUCGGCGACAAGACCGAACGUCAAACCCCACCACUAUAUUCCCGUCCCUUCAAACCAAAGUAGACCAAGAUCAACGCCGGCGAGAUAGGGAGGCUGUUCUAGCCGCGGCCCGGAGGAAUGUUCAGAGCCAGCUCCAUGACAUUGAUGAAAGCAUCUACGACCGUACCGGAAUGGUGCCACCUAGCAAAUUGUCGGAAUGGAAAGCCAAGGCGGAAAGCCUUGCCCAGAUCAAAGUGGCGUCCGAGAUGCCGCCUCUAGGAAAGCGAGACGUUGGCGGCGGGAUGUUUGUGACGCAGGAGGAGAUUGACGCCGUCGCGGCCCGUAAUGUCCAGCCUCUCCUCCAAGAGAUUAACGAGAGGGCGGAGAAGGAACAAGAAAGACAGAGGCUCCUUAAAGAGGAACAAGCGCUCAAGGAAAUCGAGAUUGAGAAAAAGAAGGCGCAUGAUCGAGAAGUGAAGGAGAUAUACCGGAAGCUUAAAGAGGGUCAGAAGCAAAAGGACAAGGAGCGAAAACAGAUCUUGAAGGAAGAAAAGCGUGAGAGGCGCAACGGGACUACCACCUGGCGCAAGGAAGACGAGGAUGUGGCGCUCCACGGGGCCAUAGUCACUUUAGAAGAUCGUAACCUUGCCGGUUCGGUGAACGAUGGCGAUGGCGGGCCUCAUCCUGGCGAAGCAAUGAACAACACCCAGGGCAACGAGGCAGCGGUAACCUCGGGGCAAAGCCACACGCUCCCGCCAGUCGUGGACGCAAUUACGACUCCUCCAAGAAGCAUCACCCCGGUUGAGGGCGAAGUGUCUCCGGCGAUGCCCGGGAGCCCACCCUCUCUCCGGGCAAAGUGA